AUGGCGGAAAACGUUAGUAACCAGCAAAAUUCUUCUGCCGCCGUGAAUCAUGGAGGUGCCGCCGUCGAAAGCCGUGAAAUCUUCGCUCACGAAGGUGAUGACUUCGCCACCAUUUAUAAAGAUUAUCCGGUCGGGUUUCGGUUCGUCCCUACCGAUGCAGAGUUGAUUGAGCAUUACUUGAUAAAAAAGCUUAACGAUAUGCCCUUACCUCCUAAUAAGAACAUUCAUGAAGUUGAUCUCUAUGGCAGUACUCCAUCCCAACUUACUCAACAAUACAAGCAAAGUGACGGAGGAGAGGAGUGGUAUUUUUUCACACCGAGGAAUAGAAAAUACCCGAACGGAAAGAGGCCGAAUCGUGCGGCGGGAAACGGUGACGGAUACUGGAAACCGACGGCGGACGAGAAACCCGUUGUCCGUUUGGGUCAAAAGGAUAUCAUCGGCUACAAGAGAAACCUUGAUUAUUAUGAAGGCCUGCAUUCCGACGAAUGGGAUCUGGUGAAACUCCAAGUCCGAGAAGCACUCGAGGAGUAUGGCGGUUUCGAGGCGUUGUUCGACAAACUCGCGGAGGUUCGAAAGGCGGUGUUUGGAGCCAUGGAAGAGCUCUUUGACCUUCCUUUAAAAACGAAACAGCUUUUCACUUCCGACAGACCAUUUGGUGGCUACCAUGAUGCUAUGGCAAAACUACUGCGUGAAAGCGUGAUGAUCGAUGAAGCACAUGUUCCCGGAAACAUCGAUCGAGGCCUCACCAACAUCUUGUGGCCUCAAGGAAGCAUAAACUUCAGCAAAACUAUUGAAUCCUUUACACACUUAGCAGCGGGAUUAGAGAAGACGAUUAUGAGGAUGGUUUUGGAGAGUUUUGGCGUCGAGAAAUACACGGAUGAACUCAUCUAUGCCACUAAUUAUACCCUGAGGGCAAUUAAAUAUGGAAGGCCACAAACCGGCAACGAACCCACCCUUGGAGCAGAUGCACAUACUAACAAGAUUUGGAUAACUCUUUUGUAUCAAAACGAGAUGAAAGGAUUGGAGAUUCUAACCAAAGAUGGCGAAUGGAUCAACAUAAAGCCACCGCCAAACUCUUUCAUAAUCUUGAGCGGCGAGUCCCUUGGUGUAUGGUUAAACGUCCUAUUGUCUGUACCUUAUAAUCGGGUCGUGACGAAAGGAAACAAGGUAAGAUAUAGCAUCGCAGUUUUCGCAAACCCGAGAGGAGGCUACCCUGUAAAGGUUCCUGAAGAGUUUGUGGAUGGCAAAAAUGGCUCGCUCUUCAAACUCUUCGACUACGACGAAUAUCUGCAACAUUACGCUUCUCAGAUAGCAGCUCUAGGUGUUUUUACUGAACUUGAAGUUUACUGCAAGGUCUAAGAUUUUGGGCAUCGAUAAGCGUUAUAUAUAACG